AUCCAGGUCAGGGCGGGAGGGCCGGGCCUGCGCUCGCCAGCCCGCCUCUUUCAAAAAGGCGGCAGCGGUGUCCCAGCGCGUCAGGAGCGAGAAGGAUGGAUGAAGCCGCUGUGGACUUGAAGCAAGCGCUCCCAAACGUGUGUGACAACGUGCAAAUCCAUGUGGAAGUUCAUCAGAAAUCAAGCAGCACGGCGAAGAAAGAAGAUAUCAGGAUGAGUGUCUUAAAGCUGUUGAACAGACAUAACGUUGUAUUUGGUGAUUACAAGUGGACAGAGUUUGAUGAUGGUUUCCUUAACAGCAAUGUGCAGUCCGUUUCGAUUGUAGACACAGAGCUGAAACUGAAAGACAGACAGCCUAUUGACUUGAGCAAAAGCAGUCUUUCUCUUCAUAUUUUUCAUCUGAAUGAAGAAGGACCGAGCUCUGAAAACCUGGAAGAAGAGAAUGAGGAUAUCAUUGCAGCUAACCACUGGGUGCUACCAGCAGCUGAAUUCCAUGGCCUUUGGGAAAGUCUUGUAUAUGACACUGAAGUAAAAUCACACUUACUUGAUUAUGUGACGACAACAUUACUAUUUUCUGACAAAAAUGUUGACAGCAACCUGAUAUCGUGGAACAGAGUUGUUUUGCUGCAUGGCCCUCCUGGAACUGGUAAAACCUCUCUCUGUAAAGCAUUGGCUCAGAAACUGACAAUUCGACUGUCAUACAGGUAUAGAUAUGGACAGUUAAUUGAGAUAAACAGCCAUAGCCUUUUCUCUAAAUGGUUUUCUGAGAGUGGCAAGCUUGUAACCAAGAUGUUCCAGAAGAUUCAAGAAUUAAUUGAUGACAAAGAUGCUCUUGUAUUCGUACUGAUCGAUGAGGUAGAAAGCCUCACGGCAGCCCGCAGUGCCUUCAAGGCAGGCACAGAGCCUUCAGAUGCUAUUCGUGUGGUGAAUGCUGUACUGACACAAAUAGAUCAGAUUAAAAGGUAUCCAAAUGUAGUUAUCCUGACUACCUCAAAUAUUACGGAGAAAAUUGACAUGGCCUUUGUAGACAGGGCUGACAUAAAGCAAUACAUUGGACCUCCAUCCACUGCGGCAAUAUUUAGAAUAUAUCUUUCUUGCUUGGAAGAACUGAUGAAGUGUCAAAUCAUAUAUCCUCGACAGCAGCUCCUAACACUCAGAGAGCUAGAGAUGAUAGGCUUCGUAGAAAAUAACGUGUCACGGUUAAGCCUUGUACUAAAAGAAAUCUCAAGAAGAAGUGAAGGUCUUAGUGGCCGGGUCCUGAGAAAACUUCCUUUCCUAGCACAUGCGCUUUAUAUUCAAUCCCCCAGUGUUACAAUGACAACGUUUCUUCAGGCUCUUUCACUUGCAGUAGAUAAACAAUUCGAAGAAAGAAAGAAACUCGCAGACAGCGUGUGAUACUCUUCUGAUUUAUAGUUGUCUGUAUUGUUAACUCUGCAAAGUACGUAUUUUUCAUACAAACUGUGGAACUUCUAUGCAUCUGUAAAAUGAAUUGUCAACACCUUAAAAAAAAUGGAAUGCCUAAUACAGCUUUUUGAAAUAUUCAUUAAUAAACAAUUAAGAAAUUUUACAGCAUAUUUUUCAAAAGCGUUAUUUCAAAUGCCAAGAAGAGAAUUCUAAAAAAUUCUUGCUGAAAGUCGGUUUUCAUCUUUUGCAGUUAUUAGAAGUGGGCAGUCUUCCAUUCCUUGUUUGUUAAUCACUAACUUUCUAUCCAAGCAUCAGUUUUUAUACUUUGGAUUUUUUUUAUAUUUUUAAUAGCAUUAGAAAUUCAGUCUUUGGAUCUGAUACUUCUGUCCUAAAUGCACUGUUAUUGCUGCUGAAACAACAAGCAUGAAACUGGGAAGGAUUCAAAGUGCUCAAUGACGGCCCAGACCUUUUAUACUGACAUCUCUUUAGCUUGACAUUUAAUAUCAAGUAUUACUUUUUAAUUACAGCAGAUUCAAAAGUUUAAAAUCAAGAGAUCACUUAAUUGUAUUUUGUAAUACUGUGCUUUUGUGUUGUUGCAAGGAACGUCAACCUGAGUGGACCAUGUUUUCUCACUGAAAACUUACACUGUGUAAGAAAGGUUCUUACACUGCUUAAGAAAGGUUCUUUAAAAUGCAUGAAGUUUGGUUUUGAUUUGUUUUAUAAACAUGACAUAAAAGUUACAAAUCAUCUGUGGAGAAAAAUAUUUUGUAGUGCAAAAGCCAGGAAAUGUAUGCAUCCAGUUCCUAAAGGAACAGAGUCAACUUUUAUAUGGUAAAUACAUAUCCUAUAUGAUAUAGGUUACAAAAUCAUCACCUCUUGUUUUUUCUUUUGUAUUUAGAAGUAUUUUAUCUGCAGUCACCUGAAAGAAUGAAAUG